AGAAGGAAGCUCAGCGAUUGAACAUGGCGCGGGAAGCCCAGGAAGAAGAAGCGAUGGAGAUCAGCGGAGAAGACACCUCAGGGGCGGACAGAUUCUCUCCGUCUCAGCUAAAGCUGUACGAGACGCAGUUUUUCGGCUUCACUCCGCAGACUUGCAUGAUCCGGAUCAACAAUGCCUUCCUGGACUGUGUAUACGAAAUUUUGCCCAUCGUGGAGAAGGUUUGUGUGCGACAGCUGAGCAAAGGGCAGCCGGACGGGACCGAGGAACUGCUCCGGUCCCGGGCCAGAGAGUGCAGCCUAAAGCUGCAGCAGUUCCUCGAAGAGCGGUUCAAGCAGCUCUCGAAGCGGAUGGAGGGGCUGCUGGUUAGCCACUGCUUCUCCGUACCGCCAAACGUCCUGCUGCCUGAGGACCAGUCCCACAAAAACUACCCACAGGACAUGCAGGAGGUGCAGAAGCUGGAGUCGUCCCUGGCGGCUCUCCAGAGAGCCUUUGAAGCAGAAGUUUGUGCCAGACGGGCCCUGCUAGCUGAGCUGGAGGAGCAGAGGGAGGUGCAGAAGCAGCUGGAUGAGAUCCUGACAUGGGUUGGUGAGCUCCAGGAAGCUUGGGUAAAGGAAGGUAACGGCAGCUUCCAUGAAAGUUUCCGACUGGUGAUGGAGUCUGUAAAGAAACUGCAGGAGGCUGUAAGGGAGGUGCUGGUGCAGCAGAGCUCCUCAAUGAACUGAACUCACAUUUUUUUAAAGUUUGUAACGUACAUUAUUAAUAAAGAUACAAAGUGUGGGUAUAUUUUUAAAAUACCUUAAAAAAAAGAAUUCUGUUUGUCCUUUUAUUUUGGCCACCCCUGGGAGGAAAUGCGUAUUGUGGAAGCAUGAAAACAAAAACUGGUUACCCUUGAAAAGACACAGCAGCUCCAUCCUGCAGUCCUGCAGGUCUGAAUGUCCUUCCUGAUGCAACCCCAAAAAGAUCCUUGUCUAUUCCUCGGACUGAACCGGGGAUCUUUUGCUUGUUAGGCAAAAGUUAGUGAAAAAUAAUAUUUGUUUAUCUUAGUUUAAAUCCAUAUUUUUUCCCCUAGUUGUCCAUGUCUCACCAGUAAUAUUAUCCCUACAAAAAUCACCAUGAAGACUGCAGUCUCAAUGAUGUGUUGCUUUUUUUAAUUUCCCCAUAACUUUAGGUGUCAUUUUACUGAGUUGCAGUUCCCUCUAUUAGUUUCAUCUUUUUCUUAAGAGUAAGAGUAUCCAGUAGGUGGCGCACUCUGCAUGCUAAUGUCAGUGAUUCACUCCAAGCCACAAUAGACUGGGGACCUGUCUAAUCCUAAAAAGACAAAUAUCAAUAUUUACUGAAUAUUUGAAGCAUUUAAAAAACAAAACCAAUGACCUCAAAAACUGAAAAUUUUACAGAUAGUAAAAACAAAAAGAACAGGGUGGAGAUUUUAAAGUGAAUCAGUUCUGUAGAAAUUGGUAUCAAGUCUUAAUAAUAGCUUAAAUAUGUUUUUGGAAUUUGGAAGCAUCACAUAAGCAUUAUCAGUUCAUACAAUCCAAAACUGAACACUGGAAGUUAAGUUAAUCUGCAAAUUUUAAGCAGAAAUUACAAAUAUGUUGGUCUGAGCUUCUUAAGUGACUGAAUGUUUGAUGUUUAAAAGAUUUUCUGUGAAUUUCUCCUUUAAAUUCAUACAUAAAGUUGGUUAUUCUCAU